GUGCGAAAGCAAAGAUCGCAAGUGAGCGCGUGAAGGUGCUCGGCAAAAUCGAUCGAACGAACAGCAACGGAUGCGAUUGUUUGCUGGUGUGGUGUUGUGAAGUGUUUUAACGUGUGUGCGUGUAUAUUUAUGACAGUAUUUGUGCCGGGAGCGAUAGCGACAAACACUGCAGCUCCAUCACCACCAUCAUCAUCCGGCAAUACGCUGAUAGCAUCGGAAACCAAUCGACGCACCCCAACAACCACAAGAACGGCCAGUUUCAAAGUGAGGUGAUCGCGUGUGAGAAGCAUCCGGAAUCGGGACGGGAAUCUUUACGACCCCGAACAAAAACCAGACCACAAUCAGCCGUUGAGCGUGCGCGUGGUGCCUGCGUUGGCUGCGAAAAUUAGUGCUAAAGUUUGAAACGUUCGGUGACUUGAAGUUCGCUUCAGCAGUGCAGUUCAGUGAGCGAUAGGCAGAAGAGAGCCGGAACGGUGAUUUGUUUUUGGAGAAGCUAAUUAGUAUUCAAGCACAUGAUGAAGCUGCUUAUUCUGAUUGUGGCAACGUGUAUUGUGGGAGCGCUCUGCGAGGAGAAAUGCGAGCCGGGCACAACGUUCAUGGAGGAUUGUAACAAAUGUCGCUGCAGUCUAGACGGUCAGAAGGCUUGCACGCGCAAGGCGUGCCCACCGAACGAGCUGUCCGACGACAGUCAGGUGCGCACCGAUGUGCAGAACGGUGACUCCCUGUCGUCGGCGGACGAGAAGGAUGAAGUGCAUGUACAAACCAACGGACAGGUGUGCACUCCGAACGAGAUCAAGAUGAAGGAUUGCAAUCGUUGCCGAUGUGCCAACAACGGUAUUGGAUGGUUCUGUACGCGGAGAGCAUGUCCACCACGCGAGAAGCGUGCCGCACCAAGUCCCGUUGAUAAAUGCAUCCCCGGAACGGUAUUCAGAAGCGAGGAUGAUUGCAACACCUGCUUCUGCACGGACAGCGGUACUGUGGCCUGUACACGGAAGGCUUGCUUCUCGGCACCACCGCAGAAAACGAAGCGUGCCACUCCUUCCAGUAGUGACGAGAAAUGCACUCCUGGAACGGUGUUUCCAAGUGAGGACGGAUGCAAUACCUGCUUCUGUACGGAAACCGGCAUGGCGGCCUGUACCCUGAAGGCGUGCUAUUCGCCACCACCUCCGAAAACGAAACGUGAAACUCUUCCCCAGUCGGACAUUGCGCCCGGUGCGCCCGGGUUUUCCUGCCAGCCGAACGCGUCCUUCAAGUAUCAGUGCAACACGUGCCUCUGUUCGGCAGAUGGCAAGACGGCAGGAUGUACCUUCAAAUACUGCGUCCCCGGCGAAUGGUAGAGUAAUCUGCAAUGGGAACUGUAUAAUGGUGGAAUAAAUCUUUUAACAAGCUGUACCAUAAGUUGUUCUUGUCUCGUCAGUGGUCCUUCUGUAACUCCAAGACGAGACACGGACGAGCGCGCAAGUCAUUUGUAAAACAAACUACGGAAGAUGUACGAAAAUAAAGUUAUUAUUUUUACUAUCA